AUGACGAAGCAAUUCACGCACACAGCAGAUGAGCAGCGCUCUUCUGUUGUCUAUUCAAACAGUAUUGGGAAAGGUGGACUAUUUCAGCCACGAGACUACAUUGGUGCCAAGACCACAACGGCUGCGGAAGAUGAAGUAACAAACCUACUCGGCGAUUUGGAACAAUGCAACGGACGUUAUGUACCCAUGCAGGCGCAUGGUGGCCACGAUGAGUCAGACCUGACACCAUUUGGGACGCCGUCGCAUCGGCGCACGCUUUCGAUGCAGCAAUCACUGCUUGAGCAGGAGCGCGAGCUGCUAAUCGACAAUAAACUCUACGAUGCGCGGCACGGGAGCGACUGCGCAAUUUCGUUAGUGGCAAGCGAAUGCGGUUCAGGUAACGGCGCAUUGCUCUCUGAACAGGAAGCACAAAAUGUUAUGAGCGCGUGGGAGCAUGCUAUCGAGUCCGGCAAGACCAUUACAACAUCUUACAAACGGGAAUCCACAGUCCUGACCAAGAAUGCGCUACCACUAGUUGCGACCUUUAUUCUUCAGAACUCGCUCUCUCUUGCUUCUGUCUUUUCUGUCUCUCACCUUGGCACGAAAGAACUCGGGGGUAUCACUCUGGGUUCUAUGACCGCAAAUAUAACUGGUUUUGCCGCUAUACAGGGUCUCUGUACCUGCCUAGACACACUCUGUUCCCAAGCCUAUGGUGCUAGAAAUUAUACACUAGUUGGCUUGCUACUUCAACGCUGUUGCAUCAUCUCGCUACUGGUUUUUGCGCCGGUAGUAUGGCUCUGGGUAUGCUAUUCUGAGCAAGUACUGGGCUACUUGGUCUCAGACCCGGAACUCUGUCUCUUUGCAGCGAAGUAUCUGCGCAUAGUCGCGGCAGGGCUUCCUGCCUUUAUUCUGUUCGAAUGUGGUAAGAGAUACUUACAAUGUCAGGGCAUAUUCCAUGCAUCGACUAUUGUCCUUCUUUUCUGCGCACCCGCAAACGCCUUCCUGAACUACCUCCUCGUAUGGAAUUCGAAGGUAGGUAUCGGAUACCUAGGCGCGCCUGUCAGUGUGGUUCUCAACUACUGGUUGAUGGUACUUGGUCUGCUACUGUACACGAUAUUUACCAAAAGCGAGAUCCAGCCCCGAAAAUGCUGGACCGGAUGGAUCAAACCACACCAGAUUUUUAAAAACUACGAUAAAAUGCUUGGCCUUGCACUACCAGGGAUUAUUAUGGUAGAAGCGGAGUUCCUGGGGUUCGAAAUUCUCACGAUCUUUGCCUCGCAUAUUAGUGUCAAUGCACUCGCUGCGCAGUCUAUCAUCGCAACCAUAGCUUCACUGGCGUAUCAGAUUCCGUUUUCAAUUUCCAUUUCGACCUCAACUCGAGUUGCUAACUUUAUCGGAGCUUCUUUGUACCGCUCCUGUAUUAUAACAUGUAAGGUCUCCUUAUUAUUAUCAUUCGGGGUCUCUUUGACAAGCAUGUUAGCGAUAUUCGUUUUCCGGUCUAACUUGGCACAUAUCUUUUCUAAUGAGCCCGAAGUGAUUAUGCUCAUCGAAACCACUCUACCGAUACUGGCAGUUAUGCAGAUUUUCGACUCCUUCAAUGCAUCUACUGCAGGAUGUCUACGUGGCCAAGGCCAACAAAAGAUUGGUGGCUUUAUCAAUGUUUUUGCAUUUUACUGCAUUGGUAUACCCAUGUCUUACUUCCUUUCCUUCCACUGUGACCUUGGUGUGAAGGGCCUCUGGUACGGAAUAACAUGCGCCCUGAUUGUCAUGAGUGUCUGUCAAUCGUACGCAGUUUUCAACUGUAGCUGGGAAGAACUGGUUAAAGCCGCAAAUUUGAGAACAUCUGAGGAUGUUUUCUAA